AUGUUGGACCUGAUAAAUGAUUUCACAGACAAGGAUGCUUGGGUGUUCAAGGCGUUGGAGGAAGAGUUCAUGGAAACUUGGAAGAACAAUAUCCUCAAAAGCGAAGACAUUACACCCAAGAUGGCCGAAUGGUUGGUGGCCGAGCUCAAGUUCAAGGCAAUCGUCGCCAAGAAAACAGACUAUAGCAUCAGCGUCUUCAACGGGGACGUGGUCAAGUCCAACUGCCAGAUCUUGGGUAACCUACAACAAGACUUAGCGGUGGCCAUCAAGAGCCUGGAAAAGGGGAUGGCAUCGUUUAGUGAAUACCGACUAGUGACUGAGCCCCGAGAGUUUGACUAUGUGCAUCCGUCAUUCUUCCCUAUCGUGUUUGGCGAGUCCCGGUGUCUUCGAGACCGGACCAUUGGCCUUGAUGAUGCUGUCGAUUCCAUGGGCCAGGGCGAGGUCAUCCCGGUGCCUGAGGAUCCCGGACCGUCACGGAAGGAUCUAAGCUGGAACAUUGCAUCGCGUUCUGAUAUCGGGCCUCGGCCAUAUAGCUCGCGAUUCCAAUGGCUGCCCAGUGACAUAUACUUUCGACCGGAUGGGACAUGCUACUUUACCAGCUAUAUCAACAACAUCCAUCCGCAACGGAACAGGCAUUUCUACGGCAUGUUCGAGAAGGUCUUGGACAAAGUCAUUCGCAUGUGGGACAUGUGUCUGACGCCCGUGAAGAACGUGCUCCAUUCUCGCGCUCGCAUCGAACUACGAGAGGUCAAGUACGAAGAGGUCUCACCCGGAAAGACUGACCCACGCCCAGAAGUCAAAGAGGACGAAUCUCGCGAUCUAUACGAAGAGCGACUACGUGAAUGGAGAAGGAAAAACUUCAUAGCCGUCCAGCCAGAGCCGGGUGUGUUUGCGCCCAUUUCCAUCCCGCCGCAGAUUUUGGAUGAGCUUCCGCCUGAGGAAAAGGUCAAGCACCGUCUCGAAGACGCCAUGGAUCUGGUCGGGGAUUAUGGCCAUCGUGGAUUACAGGUUAUUGUCAAACUCGCCGAGUAUUCCGCGACGCCUGAACAACCAAAAUUUAACACUGAGUGGCAUGUCGAGGGACAAAUUAACGAACACAUUUGCGCAAUGGCGAUUUACUGCCUGGAAAGCGAAAACAUGCAAAACAACGAACUCGAAUACCGCCAGAUAGCCGACUUGGAGCAGCUGGCAGAGUUUGAAUUCGAUCGCGGCGACACCGUCUGGCUGGAGCAGGUAUUCGGGCUGCGAAACAACGAGCCUGCGGUGCAGAGAGUCGGCGGGAUCAAAAUCCUGGAUGGCCGGGCCAUUGCCUGGCCCAAUACCUUGCAGCAUAGGGGCAAAUUAGAAUUGAAAGACAAAUCCAAGCCAGGAUAUGUGCACCUCUUGCAGAUCAUGCUGAUCGAUCCCAACAUCCGAAUCAUCUCGACGGCCAAUGUGCCGCCACAGAGGCUGGACUGGAAGCAUGAGGCAGAUACUUCUCCGGUGGAUGUGACUACACUGUCUUUGGAGGACAAAUUGAAGGUCAUACCGAGAGAGGGCAAGUAUCCCUGGGCAUUGCAAGAGGCCAAGGAUAUCCUACACGAGGCUCGUAUCGAACGCCAAGAGUUCAAUCGUUACCAGGACGUGGCCUUUCACUCUAAAAACGUCGCCCUUUGA